AUGGAUGGCAGCGCGGGACUCUCCAGCUCCAUCGAGUUGUUGAGCUGCAGCAUGGCGGUGCAGCAAGUGGCUGUUCGAGGAGGAGCUUCCCGACGAGCUCAGCUUCAACCAGAGUCUGACAAUGAAUUAACUCCUCUUGGAGAUAACCAGGUGAGGCAACCUGCAAAUGUCUCUCUGCACCAACCCACCUGCCCACAGGACAUCCAUGCCGUGCUGAGAGAGAUGAGCGGCUUGCUGGCUGAGCAGAGGGUGGAGCUGAGGCACCUACAGCAAGAGAAUGACGCACAAGCAGCAAAGCUGAGGGAGCUGGAGAAAUUUAACCAACAAGUCAAAGAACAGGCAGGAGAACUGACGGCCAUUAAAGCAAGGACAAACGUGACCGAAAACCAGGUGGAGGCUCUGAGGAGAGAAACAGAAGUCAAACGCGUGGCCUUCACCGCCGGUCUGGCUUUCAGUGAAACAACUAUCGGACCAUUUAAUACAUUCACUAAUCUGAUCUUCAGACAAAUCAUUACAAAUAUUGGAAAUGCCUACAACCCGAACACAGGUCUUUUCACUGCACCGGUGAAAGGAGCCUACCACUUUGAGCUCUACAUGGGUGCACAUGGAGAUCCUUCACAUCCUUCAGCUGCUACAUUGUUCAGAAAUGGACACGUUAUUUGUAUGGCAUAUGAGCAUCAACCAUCCCAUUAUGGGAGUUCUGCUAAUGGCGCCACGCUGCUGUUAGAGGUCGGAGAUGUUGUGUUUUUGCGUUUGUGGGCUAACAGAAGAGUAUUUGACAAUGAAAAUAACCAUAGCACCUUCAGUGGUCAUCUGCUUUUCACCAUGUGA